AUGUCCACAGGAGCUUCAUACGAUCAAAUACAUUCUAUUUCUCUCAAUAAACCUAUAUCGCCGGAACAAUCAGGCACAAAAUGGGGCAAAGAUCUCUAUUUUUACCCUCCCUUGGACGGGGGGCGAUACCCAGCCGUCCCGUCCUACAACAUUCUCUCGGAAACAUCUGAUAUUCUUGUAUCCGCUCGAAAUAUGACUUCGCAGUCCCCUAUUACUCCACUCUUUGUCCCCUUUACUCGAAAUUUUGUUAUGCUACGUCAAACUAUCCUUUCUUAUAUCGCUGCUGGCUGGCCGCGCGAUCAAAUUUACAUCAUCGACAACAGUGGCACCAUGGAUGCCAAUUAUAAUGGUCUUCUUUCUGUCACCAACCCUUUUUAUUUAAAUUACAAGUUAUUCCGCGGCCGUUAUGGCGUUAAUAUCGUCCGAACACCUACCCUACUCAAUUUCGCUCAACUUCAAAAUUACAUGCUGGCCACCGCAAUCAACCAAAACUGGACUCAUUUUUAUUGGACACACCAAGAUGUUGUUGUGCUUAGCGACGAACUCAGUAUCCCCUACCACUCAUUAUAUGAAAGGGUUCUCACGUCUCUCAUCUCCUUACUCCCUACCAUGAAUUCUAAAUCGACUCUACAGGGGGGCAGCCGCUGGAGCAUAGUCUGGUACGACUUUGAUUGGCUUACCUUGGUAAAUGUUGGUGUCGCAUCGGGUCCAAAGAAUGGUGUUGGUAGCUGGGAUACAUUUGUUCCAUACUAUGCUACUGAUUGUGAUUAUUACGAGAGGCUGAGGCUCUCGGGAUACCCAAUAUUGGAGAGGAAGGUUGGAGAUAUAUUCGAUUUAUCGAAACCAGUGCCAAAUGCGGAGAGCGCCUUUUUCGGGAAAGCCCGAAAUAAUACAGAAGAGGAUUUGGGAAAGUUGUGCGGGUCCCCGCAGUAUAUGGAACUCAAGAAUAAGUUGAAAUUGAUGAUGAAAGAGAAAGGUGCGAGUGGGAGAAAUACAUGGCAGGACGCACAAAAGGGUGGAAAAGGAGAGCCGUGGACGUAUGACCCUAGCGGAUUUCAAACGGCAUGGUGGGAUAUGGCAGCCGCGGGAAGGUUAGUGUAUGGGAAAAAGUGGGGAAUAAAUCAGUACGAGUGCCGACCUAGUUCAAACGGGAAGACUUUGGGAGGUAUCUGGGGAGGGAAAGAAACUCCCCGAGAUGAAAUAAAUAGUGGUAUGAGAAAGCUAUAUAUGGAGGAAGAAAAAGAGCUCCGAGAGUUAGAGCCACUCGAAAACUUGGAAUUAGGCGGGGAACUCCAAGCCACUGGGAGAUCCGGAGCCACUCGGAGGGCCAGCUUUAGGUGUCUCUAG